AUGUUUCGGACACUGCCCACCUGUCCCGGGACCCAGGGUGGGCCCGGCCCGCCCAUCCUGGACAAAUGGCGAAUGCCUGCCCGCCUGUCCCGGGACCCACGGCAGUCCUGGCCUGCCCGUCACAUGACACAUGGCAGACACCAAUCGCCCAUCCCGUACCCACGGCGGACCCGGGCCCUCCCGUCCCGGACACAUGUCGGACGCCUGCCCGCCCAUCCUGGGACCUGCGGCGGGCCCGGCCCACCCUUACCGGGACGCGUGGCGGACGCCUGCCCGCCUGUCCUGGGAACCCGCAGCGGGCCCGGCCCGCAUGUCCCAGGACGCAUGGUGGACGCCUGCCCGCCCAUCCCGGGACCUGGGGGGGUUGGCCCUGCGGUGGGCCUGGCCUACCCGUCACGGGACGUGUGGCGGAUUUGCCUGCCUGCCGUCCCUGGGACCCGCGGCAGGCCUGGCCCACACGUCCCGGGACGCGUAGCGGAUGCCUGCCCGCCUGUCCCAGGACCCGUGGCGGGGUUGGCCCGCCCGUCAAGGGACCCGCGGCGGGCCAGGACCAGUGGCGGACGCCUGCCCACCAGUCCCGGGACCUGCGGUGGGCCCGGCCUGCCCGUCCCAGGACGCCUGCCCAACCAUCCCGGGACCCGUGGCGGGCACGGCCCACCCGUCCCGGGACUAGUGGCGGACGCCUGCCCGCCUAUCCCGGGACUCGCGGCGUGGCCGGCCCGCCCGUUCCAGGAAGCGUGGUGGACGCCUGCCCAACCGUCCCGGGACCCGCGGCAGGCACGGCACCCCCGUUCCGGGACGCGGGGCGGAUGCCAACCCUUCCGUCCCGGGACCAGUGGCGGACGUCUGCCCGCACGUGCCGGGACCAGUGGCGGAUGCCUGCCCGCCCGACCCGGGACCCGCGGCGGGCCCAGCCCGCCCGUCCCGGGACCAGCGGCGGGCCCGGGCCGCCCGUCUUGGUACCAGUGGCGGACGCCUGCCCACCCGUCCCGGGACCCGCGGUGGGCCCGGCCCGCCCGUCCCAGGACGCCUGGUGGAUGCCUGCCCAACCGUCCCGGGACCCGCAGCGGGCACGGCCCGCCCGUCCCAGGACUAGUGGCAGACGCCUGCCCGCCCAUCCCGGGACUCGUGGCGGGGCUGGCCCGCCUGUCCCAGGACACGUGGCGGAUGCCUGCCCAACCGUCCUGGGACCCGCGGCAGGCACGGCCCACCAGUUCCGGGACGCAUGGCGGAUGCCACCCCUUCCGUCCCGGGACCAGUGGCGGACGCCUGCCCGCCCGUCCCGGGACCCACGGCGGGUCCAGCCCGUUCGUCCCUGGGCCCCCGGUGGGCCCGACCCGGCCGUCCCGGUACCAGUGGCGGACGCCUGCCCGCCCGUCCCCGGACCCGCGGUGGGCCCGGCCCGCCCGUCCCAAGAUGCGUGGUGGACGCCUGCCUAACCGUCCCGGGACCAGCGGCGGGCACGGCCCGCCCGUUCUGGGACGCGUUGCGGAUGCCAGCCCGCCCGUCCCGGGACCCACGGCGGGCCGGGCCUGCAUGCAUAGGACGCGUGGCGGAUGCCUUCCUGCCCGUCCCGGGACCAGUGGCGGACGCCUGCCCGCUUGUCCCGGGACCCGCGGCACGCCGGCCUGCCCGUCUUGGUACCAGUGGCGGACGCCUGCCCGCCCGUCCCGGGACUUGCGGCGGGUCUGGCCCGCCCGUCCUAGGACGUGUGGUGGACGCCUGCCCAACCGUCCUGGGAACCGCGGCGGGCACGGUUCCGGGGCGCGUGGCAGAUGCCACCCGACCGUGGCACCCGACCGGGACCAUGGCAGUGCCCGCCAGGCCCGGGACCCACGGUGGGCCCAGCCCGCCUGUCCCGGGACCAGUGGCGGACGCCUGCCCGCCAGUCCCGGGACCCGCGGCAGGCCCGGCUGGCCCGGCCAGCCCGUCCCGGAACCAGUGGCGGACGCCUGCCCACCCGUCCUGAGACCCACGGCGGGCCCGGCCCGCCCAUCCCAGGACGCGUGGCGGACGCCUGCCCGCCUGUCCCUGAACAGCGUAAUAGCUAUUCUGUUCCUUAGAACCAGAAUAUGCCACUGCAUCCUCUCAAUUCUUCAGGGGAUUCUCUGA